UUCAUACUCCUGUUAGUGGACAGUCGGCCCCCACUUCCAUACGGCGCAGCCAUGUCGGGACGUGUGUGUGCCUCAGACUUCGAGGAGGAGGCCAAGAAGAUCCUUCCUAAAUCCAUCUAUGACUACUACCGCUCUGGAGCUGACGGGCAGAACACGCUGGCCCACAACUUGUCCGCCUUUCACAGGUGGUAUCUCAUCCCUCGGGUCCUCAGGAACGUGUCCUCAGUGGAUCUGUCAGUGUCAGUGCUGGGUCAGAGGCUCAGCAUGCCUCUGUGUGUCGCAGCCACGGCCAUGCAGAGGAUGGCUCACCCUGCAGGAGAGACUGCCACCGCGAAAGCCUGCAAAGCAGCAGGAACAGGGAUGAUGCUGAGCUCUUGGGCCACCUCCACCAUAGAGGAAGUGAUGUCAGCAAUGAUGGCUGUUCAAGGUGGCGAGGGAGUCCUCUGGAUGCAGCUCUACAUUUACAAAGACAGAGAGCUCACUCUGUCAUUGGUGCGUCGUGCAGAGAAAGCAGGUUACAAAGCUAUCUUUGUGACUGUGGAUACUCCUUUUCUGGGAAAAAGGCUGGAUGAUGUUCGCAAUCGUUUCAAAAUGCCCCCACACCUGAGCAUGUCCAACUUCUCCACGGCCUCUCUGGCCUUUUCUGAGGACAGCUAUGGCAAUGACAGUGGCCUGGCUGUGUAUGUCGCCAAUGCAAUAGACCCCACCAUCAGCUGGGAGGACAUCACCUGGCUGAAGAAGCACACACAUCUUCCUGUGAUCGUGAAAGGAAUACUGAACGGUGAAGAUGCUGUUUGUGCUCUGAACUAUGGUGCUGACGCCAUCCUGGUAUCCAAUCACGGAGCUCGACAGCUUGACGGUGUUCCUGCCACACUGGAUGUGCUGGAGGAGGUGGUGCAGGCAGUUCAGGGUCAGUGUGACGUCUACAUGGACGGAGGAGUGAGGCGUGGUACUGACGUCCUGAAGGCUUUGGCGCUGGGGGCAAAAGCUGUCUUCAUGGGCCGACCUGUGCUGUGGGCGCUGGCCUGUCAGGGGGAAGAAGGAGUAACAGAGCUUCUAGAGCUUCUGAAGGAGGAGCUGAGGCUGGCCAUGGCUCUUUCAGGUUGUCGUUCGUUAUCAGAGGUGAACAGAUCUUUGGUCAGGAAAGUGGACUUCCCCUCCAGGAUGUGAAGGAGGAACUGUCGCUGCUGUCCAUACGUUUUCAACCCGCAUCCCCUCAGGAAGUGAUUCUCACCACUAUGGGGGAUUUCUUGCUAGCUUUUUGAAAUGAUAUAACUUCUUUGUGAUUAUGUAGAAAUAAAAGCGUUCUCACCUUA